GUGUGAGUGCGAUGUGGGCGACGACGAAGCUCGGCAUGUCCAAUACGACAGGUGACCUCGCGAAGCUUACGGUCUCUCAGCUCAAAGCGUUGUGCAAACAACGCCGCAUUGUUGGUUAUUCAAAACUCGGAAAAGCUGCUCUGGUCCAGAAAUUAACCAAUAAUGAUGCUACCCGCGGUGACCCUCAGCCUGUGAUUUCGAUUCGAGGAAUAUCGGAAAAAACAGCACCAGAACAUACAUGCCACCCAGCUGUCCUAGCUCCCGCACGUUCUACUAAUACUGGAGUUACUGCUCUCGAUCACACUCACAAUACACAGACUGCGAACGGGGACCUUACCGCUACAUCCGCAGAACAACCUACCCAACACAAAGCACUUCCGGUGCCUGGUCUGGUAGAUCCCUCAGCUGCCAAUCAUCAUUCAAAAACAACGGUCGUCGCUCCGUUAAGCUCUGACGCUCCCAACGAGAGCCAUGGCACGAAACGGCCCUAUAUCUCUGCUAUGUUUAAGUCUGCAAAAAGGCAGAAGCCUUCUCCUGCGAAUGCUGUAUCUAUCUGUGGUGCCGACUCCUCAAAUUCCACGAAGUCAUCCACGUCUGCUGGAAUCCUCAAUGCACGUACUGGUCUGACUUUUGCCACCGACUCGGAAUCCCCGGCCGCGGCUGGUCGUCCUCCACAUGACUCUAGCUUUUCAUCAAACACAGUACCUAUCAUAGCUCUUCGAAAUACCCACCUCGUCCAGAAGGGGUCUACAACGACAAGUCAAGGCCGAUUCAAACCUCUCGUUUUCACAACAACUCCAAUUGUCGCUAGUAUUCCAGUAACUGCCUGGCGCGUUUCCCACAACGACCACCAGGCCAACAAAAUCACUUUUACACCCUCGGAUAUUUUUAGCUUUGAGGCUGCCCCCAAUUCAACACCUUCCUUCGUCAAUAUCACAUUUCCGCCUAAGCUAUCCGACAGGAAACGGGUUCAAAGAUGGGCAGUGAUCCUCGCUGCACUCACUGAUAAAGAUCGUCGGACUUGCAUUCUCGUUUCUCGGGCAUUUCGCUAUGCAGUGUAUCUUUCUGCGGCGCAUAUACUCACUCAGAAGUAUCAUGGUCGCCGUCUAAACCACAUAGUGAAGAGUUAUCCACAAAACACGACGAACAUGUGGCCCUAUCUGCGUCAGCGCCAGAACGAAGUGGCUUUCUGGAGGCAUGCAUUCCAAAAUUCUUUCGUUGGAAGAUACAACUCUACGCUUGGGAUCGACCCUCUAUCUACACGCCUCUGGGCGAGUGCAGAUGAUGAGAAGCAGGUGGUUGUAGCGCUGAGAUUCGUCCUCACAAGACUUUGGUUCACGCUUUCGGUCGGGACGAAUGAGCGAGAUCCAUCAGCAUGGCUCAAACGUACUGUGGAAAAUGCCCAAGAGGUUGUGAAAGGUGAGAUCUGGGCCAUCACCAUUCGAGACGGCAAUUCGUUAUCCGAGUUCUACGUACUGGAAUCCACUUGUGAAGUCAUCGGCCGGGGACUCAACGCUCCUCAGCUUGAAGUCUACUCCUCUGGUUUGCGCGCCGACUGGUCAAAGUACAUAUCGUCUUACCCUGGUCCCUCUGCGGAGUCGCGUAACCUGAUCUCAGAACACCUCCGGUGGGCGAACUACGAGGAAUACGACCGAGGAAUAAGCAGGCACUGGCUACGUCGCAUCUCUGGUGAAGGUGAUGUUGGUUUAUCGAAAAAGGUGGUCGCCGAGCGAUAUGUUAUGGCGUGUGUGGUUGCCAAUAGCGUUAGUGGCCAGUGGAUGUCAUCUAACCAGAUGGCGCAAGAAUUUGCAGGUCUACCAUCUCAAGUAACCCAUGCAACUACCAGAGGCGGAAUACCGAAGAUCAACCUUUACCUACCAGCCCAUCAUCAUGUUGAGAGCGUUCACUUUACCACAUCAAAAGGCGUACCAUUGCACCCGGCUCUUGCCGUCAUGCAGACCCCAGCAAGAGAGUACAUCGUCUUGAAGGACAAUGGAAUGCAGGUUGGAUGCGAAGAAGAUGGUGUUGCGAACGUGUGGAUGAAUGUCCUUGGAUGCGACAAGAAUGGCAUAGCAGUUGUACGUUCCAAAUAGUAUUUCGAGUACACAGAAGUCGCGGUUCAACAAACCAUGUUUGUGCAACGAACCAGUCAGAAAUUCUCAUCAUGCCUAGCUUCUAGCCUACACCUUCACGAGCGUGCGACAUAAAGCGCGCAAAGUUGGACACCUCGAGGUUCCUGGGCCCUCUGUAAGACUUGCGUCCCACACUUUAUGGGCGCUUUGCGGCGUCUGCCAUGCACAUUUGCGAUGCCCCCGCAGCGCCGCCACGCGUCCUCAGCCACCGAUUAUAAUAGUG